GGCGAGAGAGAAGUGUGGCCGGCGUUGAGCGCAUAUAGGUAGUCGUGAGAAGAGUCAGUCAGUGACGGGUUGUGUCUUUAGUGGCGUGGUGAACGAUUGAGUCGAGCCGCUUGUGUUAAAAAAUGAGCUGGCAGGAUUACGUUGACAAGCAGCUGCUCGCGUCUAGGUGUGUUACCAAAGCUGCAAUCGCGGGACACGAUGGCAACCUUUGGGCAAAGUCUGAAGGCUUCGAAGUAAGUAAAGAAGAGUUGACAAAAUUGGUCCAGGGAUUCGACGAGCAGGAUAUUCUGACGUCGUCGGGUGUUACCUUGGCCGGCAACAGGUACAUUUACCUGUCAGGUACGGAUCGAGUGAUAAGGGCAAAGCUUGGCAAAGUCGGCGUCCACUGCAUGAAGACGACGCAAGCGGUAGUUGUUUCUCUUUACGAAGACCCUAUACAGCCACAGCAGGCCGCAUCGGUCGUUGAAAAACUCGGGGACUACCUUGUGUCCUGCGGCUAUUAGGUUGGUAUAUACGUACUAACCUCUGGGACCCAACAUAAAUAUCUAAUAUUAAUAUUAAACGAUACGAUCGAUUAUUUUAAUGAACAGCGAAUGGAAUGCGUCAUGCCGCACGAGUCGCGCCGGAACUGCCGCAAGCUUGCCGCGCGACAUUCGAUGAAGAGCAACAACUACAUCAGCAACAACACCAGCAACACAGCUAUCAUAUUCCAGUCGUCGUUCUCUCCUCUUCGAUUCGGCCGAUCGACGUUCGGGGAACAGACGCACGCGCUCACGUGUGCGUAAUAAUUUCCGAAAAAAGCUCCUAAGCAUUUACUUGGAAAAUGAUCGCGCAAAUUGUAAUCGAUGAAGGGCGGUCUUUUCAUUGUUUUCGUUUCAUCGUAGCAUCCAUGUUUCGAAUUUUUAUGUCCGUUUGUGUAUUCACGACCGAGAUAAUGUCAGUACUAUAACGACAGGAAUUCCGAAAGCUUCGAUGAAGACAAAGGAAAAAAACGCUUUUUUACAAUUGAAUAAUAAAACGAAAAAUUAUGAACCGCAAGUACCAUGCAGUUUUACAUUUAUACGCACCAUAACAACAGAUAAGUAUUUACCUCAGAAGUGAUAAUGACAUAUACAGUGAGCCGGGAUGAAUUAAACGAGGGCAAAAAGAAGAAAUAUCUUUUAUUUGCGAACGAUCGUAUUAUGUCGAUUCGUUGACGGAGAGACAAAAAUACACGAGACGCAUGCAUUAAGUAUAAGAAAUAAUGAUAAUAAAUAAUAGUAAACUAUUGCGUGUUAGGUUUACAGUCUUUUUUGUAGAGAAUGAAAGGAUGUUAGAGACGGUGAAAGAGAGAGAGAGAGAAAGAGAGAGAGUGCGAGCGUUAGAGAAAGUUUGAUGGAAUAAAAGAAGAGGUGAUGAUGGAGAAAUGGGCGUGAAAGAGGAAGCGAAUGAUCGAGAGGUAACUAACGAAUUAGAAAGAGAGAGGGAGUGAGCGUGUGAGUGAGAAUAAUAAGGGAAAAGGGGGAGGUAGAAUGUGAAUGAAAAAAUUAAUUUCAAGAAUUGAAGAAUCGCGAAGAGGGAACAAGGGAAGCGGUGUCUGGAAAUGUGUAAGAGAGCGCAAUAGAGGUAUUAACACCGAUGAUAGAUACGGAACAAGAUGAUAAAAGAGGCAAAAGCGAUGUGAAGCUACAGUCGAUGAGACAGUUGACAGCAAUGGUGGCGGUGAGAGGACGGUGCGGACGAUGCAGGCAAACGCGCGGUAGGGGGUGAAAAGGCGUGGAUUGAUUGUAAUCCUGGUUGGCCUCUCCCUCCCCCAUCCAGAUCGAUACAACCCUUUUAACUAUUUACUCUCUUUAAUAUUGCUAUGUGUAAGAAGAAUAAAACAAAUCGGGGGAUGUGUCACUUAUCGAUAAGAGGAAGAAAUACAGAGAAAGAGAGAGAGGGAGAGAGAGAGAGAGAGAGAGAGAGAGAGAGAGAGAGAAAGAGAAAGAGAAAGAGAAAGAAAGAGAUAGAGAGAGAGAGAGAGAGAGAGAAAAAGCGAGGGACGGGGGUGAGAACUGGAACGAGAAAAAGAGUCGCAAGAUGUACACCAAGAUAAUAUAAAUAUAUAAAUAUGACAUUUUCAAGCGCGCGUGGCAUGCAUACAAAACACAAACACGAUUGCGAAAGUUGAAAGGUAGAACUAUACACGGAACAAGAAUACACAUAUAAUUCGAUUUUCUAUAAUUUUUAUAUCUUCAUUUAUUCAUUUACAUCUUAGUUUUAGUUUCUUCUUUUAUAUAAUCAGUGUUCCCUAUCUAACGAAACUGAUUAUAAUCGAAGAUAGUCUCUUACGUUUGAUACGUGGAUCUAAUAAAAAACCAAAUCUAUGAAAAUAAAAAUUUGGACUUAUAUAAAAACAUAUUCGGAAGAGCAACGUAGUUCUCCUUGGCCGUGUAAACGUUUUUCAUUCGACUAGCGCAGUCUUCUAUAAGUUAUACCAAGAAGAACACCCCCGCAGUCGUAUACAGACGCGCAUGUAUACACACACACACACACAUACACACACAUCUAAUACACGAUACCGCUAUCAUUUAUUAUUACUGUAAUAUUACUGCUACUAUUAUUAUUAUAACUGGUUGCUUGUCGAUUCGGCUGGUGUCAAGCAGCAACCCAAACUACUAUGUAACGAUUUUUAUUGAUAACAAAAUAAGGAAUAAACAUUGAAGUAAUAAUUGUAAUAAAAAGGUAACUCCCAGGCGUCGUUGAAAUAUUCGCAUCCGCCUCAUGCUUUUAGCUUUUACUUUUUUGUUUGGAAAAGGAUAUAUAUAUACACAUAUAUAUAAUAUAUAUUUUGAGAUCCUUACGUUUUAUGGGAAAAAAUCGUUCUCGUUAUAUCGAGACCAACAAUGCGACGAUUAUAUACAUACGUACUACAUUUUUCGUGUCUUAUCGAAACUGGAUCGAACUCAACGGCCGAUAAAACCACUUUCGACUUUUUGAAAAAAUAAUAUGUACACCGGAAGAUGGUCGAUGUUUAUGGUUCAAGAAAGGCAGAAAUAGAAAGCAAAAGCGGGUGGGAUAGGGGGAUGAGUGAGGGUGUUGCGUGCGCGUCGAGCACGCGCGCGCUGGGACGCCUGUGCGCAUGAGAGCGAGCGAGAGAGAGAGAGAAAAA